AUGACCACUUUUAUCGGCCACUCUACCGAGAAAAUGACAUCUCCGGAGCCAAUUAACAUUCAGAUCGUCCAACGACGCUCUGGACCGGUUUCAGCACCUACAAACCUAGCUAUCAGGACUGGGGGUUUCAAUCAGUUAUCCUAUGCUUUUACCUUUAAUCCACUCAAUCGUCCUCCUAGCGAUGUCAAACUUCCUCCUGGAUGGACUUUUCAUUCACUCACAGCACCAGCCAACCCGGCGCUCACUCCACACUCCAGCCACUUCCUCACUUCGACAUCAUCAAUGGACGCGACUGACUGGCUACCUGCGAGCGGUUACUUUUAUCAUGCGGAGCGUCGAAUUACUACCAAUGUUGACAUGUUGCAUCUCGAAGAUACAUUGUUAAGCCUCCUGGAAGAUUCACGUACACAAAAUACAGAUGAAUUUACUGAGAUGGUUGCCAUACCUUAUGAUGGACUCGGGGGCGAGAGGGAGCGAGAGAGAGGAUACGCUUUAUAUUGCGCGGACCAUUUCAACCGAACAUUUACUCGUAGCUGGCUCGAACUCAGGCCAUCUUUCGGCGACUCCGAAGAUCCCAAAUGGGCUGAAGAGUACUCUAAAUGGAUCCACAUGAUUGGAAAGAAUUUGGACAGUCACUUAUUCCUACCCUCCGCCCACCCAAAAAAGUAUAGUUGCUUAGGCCGCAAGAUAGCGCAGCAAGUUGUGUGGGAUCACCAAAACGGUCAUAUUUCAAAGAUCGAUGUGCAGAAUGCAUUUUCAAUGACAGAGUGCACUUCCUUGCUAUCGGCCCUUCAGAAGCGGCCAAAACAGUUCAAGCAACCUCCGCUCCAUCCUACGUUUAGUGCGGGCUAUGCGGAAGGUACAGGGGGACCAAUCGUGAUGCUUGCUGUCUUGGUUACAUUUCUUAUUUGGGGAGGCCCCAUGCUUGGUAUUCCGUCUGCCUACUUUCGCCGUAUGCGUACUAUUGCUUCCAGGGCAGACAAGGGCGAGUACCUCCCACACCUAUGGAGCACGCUUAUUAAAGGAUUGCUCAAGGAGUGGAACGACUUGAACAUUAUCUUAGCGUUGGUUUUGUCAGCAAAUGUUGGCUUCUUGGCUCUACCAGGGAUUUCAGAAGACAGUCCGUCUAUAAUUGCGGAUCUUUCUCGUGGUGCUGGUAUUUUCUCAAUGUUUGUGACCCUAGGGGGAUCGUUGGAUGCAGAGCUUCAUUUAAUGGCGAUCUUGCUGAUGGGCAGUAUUUAA